UUAGGGAAUUUUAUUGAGUUUUUUUGAUUUUGUUUUAAACCUUUUGAAUUAAUAUUUACCUCUUUGUUGGAAACUUCCCCCGUUGAUGAAUCAACCUUAACUUUUGUGUUCGGACUUCCGAUUUUCCAAGUUUUUUUCUUCCGAUUUCCAGGUUCCAGGGUUUUGAUAAAAUUCAGCCACCAUAAAAUUCCCCCAACACACUUCCUCAUCAUUGAGACAAUCCUUCCCGUCACUGGAACAACUUUCCCCAUUGUCGAAACAAUUCCUGUCAUCUCUUGUCGCUGGGAAUGACACUAGAACCCAGAGAUACUACAUACUAUAAAAGCCGGGAUAUAAUUUACAUAAAACUUCAUUACAAAAUCCAACCAUCAAAAGCCGUUAACAACAAAAUCUGUGCAAGGAAGACCACCAACAAUGUGGUUUUCUACCUUCAACAACGACAAAUCGGACAAAAAGCAAACAAUGUUCGAAAACAUUGCGGCUCUCUCCAUUGUUGUUUUACAAUUACUUGGGCAGUUAAACGUCACAGUAGCAAACAAUGUCGGCCUAGGAAAUCACAUUCUGCAAGAAGGAAAGGUGAAGCUUGCCGCUGGCUCGAGGGUUGUUACCAAUACAAAAGAGAUUGAGAACAUGACGAUUUCUGCUAAUGCUUGCAAUGUUAGCUUUGAUAAGUUGGGGAAUAUUUAUCUACCCUACGAGAAUCAAGGGACGACAAAGGAUAAAGGCUGUACGGUGGAUCUUCUGACCGAUAAGGUGGACGAGAUUGUUUUACAAUCUGGCUUGUUUAAUCGUGUAGGGCUUGGUGCUUGUUUGAAAGAUGAAGGCGUCAAUUCGAAUGUAUUGCCUUUUGCCUACAGUCUGACAAAUGAGGAAGUCAAGAAAUUCCACAACGGACCGCUCUUUGCUAACGGUUCAUGCUAUAGUUGUGCGGAGGGUUGUGUCAAAAAGACUGGUCUAGAAGUUAGAUGGGCAAUGGAUGAGGGUCAAGACAGAGGCGGGUAUGCUGAAUAUGCUGUGAUGAAUGUAAAUCCAAGUAAAAUAUCUGUCCAUAAUUAA